UAAUUUGUUCCCCUGCGUGCUGUUUCCGGAAAUAAACUUUCACGUGCUUAGCUAUUUGUCGUACUGUUUACUACAAUCGUGUUGUCAGUUGUGUAGUAUAUUCGAGAAGGUAGCAAUGGAUUUUACAGAGGGAAGUGAAGGACCCGGUUUUGUUGGCAUUAGGUUUUGCCAAGAGUGUAACAAUAUGCUGUAUCCCAAAGAAGAUAAAGAGAACAGGAUAUUACUUUAUGCGUGUCGAAACUGUGAUUACCAACAAGAAGCAGAUAGUAGCUGCAUCUAUGUCAACAAAAUUACGCAUGAAGUAGAUGAACUGACACAGAUCAUUGCAGAUGUUUCUCAGGAUCCAACCCUGCCUCGAACAGAAGAUCAUCCAUGCCCCAAAUGUGGCCACAAAGAAGCAGUAUUCUUUCAGUCACACAGUGCCAGGGCUGAGGAUGCCAUGAGAUUAUACUACGUGUGUACAGCACCACACUGCGGACAUCGGUGGACAGAAUGAAAAACUUGGUUCUUUUUUCAAUUUGCUGCUGAAAAUGUGGCUGUUGAUGGUCAAAGCCAAGAUGCUUGAUAUUUUUUUUUUAUUUGUACUGAUUUUAAGCUUUAUGCAGAUUGUUUAACCCUAGAAGUAUCUUAUUUGUAAUAAUUAAAACCAUUGCUUGUUAUAUUAAAUGCACAUUUAUUACCUAGUUUGUUACUUUUUUCCAAAGGUUAGAAUUCAACAAGUUAAGUAAUUCAGCAAAUCAGAAUGUUCAAUUGGGUAAAUGUCUCUGUGGUCCAGGAUGUAUUUAUAGAUUGUACAGUUUAAUAUUGGAUAUUCCAUGAAGAGAUAGUGUUCUUGACCUUUGUACUUUGCUAUAGGAAAGUGUAAAGCAGUAAGGCUUUAACAUCUCUGCUUUAGUGUAACAUUUGCAUUUUAGUUGUCCCAUUCUGUUGUACUGUAUGACAUGUAUAUAAUAAAUGUUUGUUUAUAGAA